AUUCUCAAGUUCCAGGUUUUAUUUGGACUUUGUAAUUAGGAAGGUACAAGCUCUCUCAAGGAUAAAAUCAGUAAGAAAAGAUUCAGAAAUGUCAAGAUCGUAUCUUUAUUAUUGCGGGAAGUUAGAUUUGGGAGGAAGAAUGUAUUCCCAUUUCGACAUAAUGAACAGGGACUGUCCGAAUGAAUGUGUAUUUGAAGGAGAAAUAGAAGCUCCUUUGUGUAAUCUCGAUAGACUUGUUAAGAAUGUAAUCGUAGAGGAUGCAUUGCCUAGUAAUGAACCACAGGACAAUGAUGGUGAAAGGGAGAGUCCUUUCUCGGCAAGUCAUGACAGCAAAUGCAAUGCGCCUAAUGAAGUUUUGAUUCGUUGCAGCAAAUCAGGUUCAGAACUUCUCAAAGGCAUUUCGUUGGAAAAGAAUAAUCGACGAGAGAAGAUUUUAGACGAUGUCACGAUCAGGACCUAUACUGGCUUGUCCUCAGAAUCUGUGCCAGAAUGCCCUUUGAGAAGACCUGAAAAGGUUCCUUGUAAUGUACCCGUUUCAGAAAAGGUUGAGGAAUCUCUUGCAAACAAACAGGUUUCUGAAGUCUGUGAUCUUGUCAGUCCUAGUAAAGCCAGUGCAGUAGAGCUUCCGUACAUCUGCAAGGAAAAUGUAGUCCAGAGCUGUGAUACUAUUAGGGAAUCUUAUGGCACAUCUGGUCAGAAGGGCAUGCCAAGCAAUAAAGGAGGAUGGAAAUAUAAUAUUGUAACACGCUAUUUAAACGAGGCAAGUCACGGAGAAUGCAAUAGAAAUCCCGUAGCAGAAUUUGCUGUUGAAGUUAAUGGUGUAACAGUUAUUAUAAAAGAGUUUGCCGUGCCAUGUCAGGAGGAUCAGAACGACCCAAUUAGCAGCACAUCCACCUCAGAGAAUAUAAGUAUAGACAGUAAGGAAAAUCUCAACGAACACAGCAAUUCACAAAUUGAAAUUGUGAGUCAUAGGACCAACGAGACAAAAGCUUCAGAUGAUUACGAACAAGUUAAUGAAAAUGAAGAAAAUCAAGAAACCAGCAGAGGGGAAACUUCAAGGAAAGGAGAUGAGCACCUCAUACAGUGCAAUAAGUGUCCCUCUUCGCACAAGUCGUUCGAAGCCAUGAUCACUCAUUUCUUGAAGGACCACAUCACUACCAAGUGUCUUUUCAAGUGUCCCUUCUCCAAGUGUCCGUCCACAAUUUCCUACAGGACGGCUGCAACCCACAUCCGGGGGCACGUAAAGGAAGAGAUUUACACUUGCCAACACUGCCUGUUUUCUACGUGGCACAAAGGAGGAUUUUCACGGCACAUUGCGGCUCAUAAGUUAGAUGCAUUACGUGCGACAGAUGGUUGAUAUUUCAUUAGCCUCUAAGGUUUUUUUUUU